CAAUAGCAUGGCCGGGCUCGCCAUGAUUGCUGUUUAGACGAUCGUGAUGAUAGCAACGACUGUCAACAUGACCCAUUCCCUUCAUUGAAUCUUCUCUCCUUACUUUUGUACAAUUCGUUACCCCCCAUUGACUGGGUCUCUUUCCGUUCCGUCCUGGCCGAUUACGCCUUCUCUCUACGCCGGCGCGAUGGCCAUCCCAGGCGCCACCCAGCCGCUCGUCGCCGCCUUCUCAUUUGGUAUCGUGGUUAACGCAGCGUCGGCGGCGCUGUUUCUCUACAUCAACGGCCAUGGCUCAGCGAUAUUCCGGGACGGCCUGAGGCUGGUCCUCAUUACAUUCCUUCUAUCCUCGGCCCUGUGGGCCCAGGUUUCUUUCAUUGCGACGGUCAUCGAUACGACGGACAGUACGAUGCCGUGCCAGGCCGGCAUAAUUUUCUCGACCCUGUUCGAUCAGGUGGGAAGGUUCUCGGUCGAGCAGUACCUUUUGUGGGCCAUGAACACGGGCAGGAAGCAAUCGAUUGCCGACAUGAUAGCCCAGGCUCUCGUGGCAGGGCGUUUCGUCGUGGGGAUGGUGUUUGUUGGCUUUAGCAAGCCCCAGGUCGACACCGUCUGCGUGGCCUCGUCCUCUUCCCUCCCCAUCGCCAUUGUCACCAUUGCUCUAGAUGCUGUUAUCAUCGCCAUGUUUGCCGCUAGAGCAUACAUGACGCGGAUGGUCGCGGACAUCCAGGAGAACACCUCCAGCGCUGCUAGGAGCAAGUCCGUAUUGCUUGUCAUGGUUGGCUUCGGAAUCUGGACAGGGACGAGUGUUGCGAUGAUGCUGGGCAUGCCCGCGAUGGAUCUUAUCGUCAGGACUACCGUUCCGGCAGGCGGUCUCUCUAUUCUCAUCCUCAUUGUGACGGCUUGCACGGAGACCCUUGCAACUCCAAGGGGUAAGCCGUCGAGGCCCCCCGAGGCACCCUCGCCUAGACACAUCAAUAUCAGCCGUGAUAUCUCCUCGUCCGAAUCGAACGAUUGGCCUCCGACUCGCUACGAAGACUUGAAGGAACACGCCGUCCGAUCGUCGACCACGUUCCUGCAACCAAGGGAGGCACCUAGAGUUGACGAGGAAAAGAGUGAAUUCCCUGCCAUUACUGGACCGAUGGCGGGAGUGGUUCUUGGAGUGGGCGGACUGCCGGUCCAGGGCCAGCUAUUUCCUCCACCCCGUACCGAGACGACCAUUACAGCUGGAUCCGGCGUCGCGCGGAAGGUGGGUCUUGGGAGCCUGAAGAAGACCAGGGAUAUGUUCGGCUUUGCCAGAGGCGGCCCCGAUAAGACGACGCCAGCCGCGAAGCUCACAAUUGGAAAUCCUAUCCUGCAGGCCGACGACGAACAUAACCCCCUCAAGAAGAUCGCAACCAUCGAUUUGAAGGAGGCUGCUAGGGCGGAGAAGGAGAGGAGGGCCUUGGCAUUGAAGCUGGAGUCUGAUAUGAUUGCCCAACGGGCAGCCCCCCAGCCGCCAAACUUGAACCAGGAGGAAGCUCUCAAGCGAACCGCGAGCGUCAAGCGGAAGGAGGUAGCCUCGGUCUACUCACAACCCGGCCUGACUACAUCGAACCUGAACCCGCCAGUGCCGGAGUGGAAUGCUUCGACCACAUCGGCGCAGUUGUCCCCAGGUGUCGAGGAGAUCCGCCGACGGUCUCCGCGUCAAGCCUCCCAGGAGUUCCAAGUGCGCCCCGAAUUCCAAGAGCGUCCCGAGUUCCAAGAACAACCCGAGGAAUCUCGACCUGAAUCCCCUCUUGUUCCUGAACUCCCACGAGUAAAGACGCCGCAGGCUCUGCCAGAAGUCGUGACUAGGCCUGUGUCGGACUGGGGAUCGGAGCUUGUGGCAAAGCCUGCGCCGGAAGAGAAGCAGAGCCCUCCAGCAAUGCAAAUGCCAGCGACCGUCGUUCGGCCCACGAUUAGGCCCUCCAGGAAUUUGAGCUCGCCCAAAGCCCCUGCUCCGGAGCCAGAAAAGACAGUGUUGCAAAAACGUCCGACGAUCGGAUUGCCGGGAAACCCCAGAGCUCGAGGAUUGAAGCUGGCUAAAGAGGCAGGAAAUCAGACUCAGCAGACCGUCAUGUUCGUGAAUAGCAUCGUCUACGACGAUCCUACUGCGGUUCAGAACAUCAUAGACGGGGCCACCGAGGCUUCGAAGAUGCAGGCUGCCGACGGCCUCACCAGGUCGGCGUCGGUUGUAAACAGGCCGAGGCCGAUUCCCAGGAAAAUGAACGAUCCCGCGCCCCAAGACCUGUCGCAACAUCGUCGGAGCAAGUCGGGUGGCUCGCUGAUAAGCAGGAAGUCUAUUCUCAUGUCGAACGCGGGCAGCCCGACACAGCUCCCGCCCCUGCCACCGCCGCCGAAGAGUGCCAGGCCCGGGAUGCCGGGGAGGCCCCAUCCGAACAACACCAAGAGCAUGACGGUCGACGAAAAAAUGACCAUGUUCUUCCCUUCUCCGCCGAGCGGGAACAUGAAGCAGACAGCCUUGGCCCCGAUAGUUCCUCCAAUUCCGUCGUCUUUCCUCGAAUCGAACUCUCCCACAUCUGACGACGAUCGGCGACGCUCGAACAGGACUACAAGGACGUCUAUCAGGACCGAGGACGUGCUGAGCGUCGACGAGAUCCCGCUGAGGGAUCCGCGCGACACCAAGGUGUACAGCCCCGGAAGCUACCAAAACAUGGAAGAUGAAGCGGGCACGUCAUGGCUGCCAGGCAGUCCCAAUGACGACUUCGGGCAGAAUCGCGAGACUCAAAAUGCGUCGGAACGGGUGGCCGCCAAGCGGGCGUCAUCUCCGAUCAUUCCGGUCAGGAGUUCGGCGUGGACGGAGACCACCGAUGCGAGGACGCACGAUGAGGCGGCGGCGAACUGGUCUCCCGAACUCGCCGUGGGCAUUCAAGUCGCGCGGCGUGUUGCCAAGGCGACAGACAUCCAGAGGUCGAGGUCCGACGCGUCACGCGGCAGUGAGGAAGUGGCUUUCAUGCUGGACACCUCCGUCCAGGAGGGCAUCGAAGCUGGUGGAUUCUGGCUCAUGGACGACGACGACGACAAUGACGACAAUGUGCUGGCCGCAGAGUGUGCCUCUCAAGGCCAAUGGCAUAGGCGAGUGGGUGACGAAUGUCCAACGUUCUCGGCUAGAAAGCAGAAGACGCGCUCGAGGAAGAUGCCUCCGCCGACGCCCUUGCGCCUAAGUUCCAAGUCAAGCAGGAACAUGGUCGCCAUCCAAGCAGCCGAGCCUUCCCCCAUCGAGUCUCCGAAGCAAGCUAUUGAGCAGAUCCAAGCCCAACUCAAGAAGCUUGAGCAGCCCAACAGGGACUCGACGGAAAGCCAGGCCCGCCGACUGGCUCUUCUCGAGAACCUCGAAAAGGAAAUGGGCAUGCAGGAGGACCACUGGCACGAGAUGCAACACGACAUCGGCCGGGACUCCCUGUCCAGCCUCAGGACCACUUCGCCAAACAGGAACUCUCGCAGGGAAUCCAUGAUCAUCGGCAACCACAUGGCUGCAGAUGCCGCGGCGCGAUCUAGCAUUGCGCUCGAGCGAAGGGCGUCAAGGCGCGCCAGGAUGCGAAGCGGCACCCCCUCUAGGGCAGCCGAGGAACCGGCCGCAGUUGCCGACAACUCCAGGGUGAGCGUCUGGCAGCAGCGGCUGGCCGAGGCCCAGAUGGAGUACAUGGAUGUCGCCGACCGGCAAAAGCGCAACAGCGUGAACUUCCUGCCUGCGUCAAUUGCCAACCUGGGCAGUCCGACUCCUCCGGAGUCCGAUGAUUCUGACCAUGAAACCGGAGUAGCCAGGGGCCGGAUUGAUGCGAUUGUUGCCCCACCAGCAGCACGGGGAACGCGGCAUCAAAAGUCGCUGUGGACGCCGAAACCCAGGGCGGUGACUCGUUCGGCCAGCAUGUUGUGGACUCGGGAUGCCAAAGCUUCAAAGGAGGGAACGACCGACCUCCCCGGCAUCUCCGUCCGCCCUGCCCCGAGGAAGGAAAUUGCGCCUCUCCAGAUUCAUAGCACGCAGCUCUGGACCAAACCCCACAACACCAAGACGCGGGCGACUGGGGGGCUCUGGCGUCCCGUCUGGGCUGCCCCGCAGCCCAGCGCAGAUCCCCAACGGACGUCCAGGCCGCUGUCGCAAAACUUGUCUCAGAAGGCUCCGCGGCCACUGACACAGCGGCCACCAAGGCGGAACAAGCGAGUCACCCUGCUCCCAGACAUUGUCGAGAACCCCGAGCCCCUGCCGGACAAGCGGGGUACCCUGGGCAUCUUCCAAUUCCCAUGGGGCGAGCGGUCUGACACCGCCAUGGUCCAGCCCACGAGGUCAACAGCGGUCAUGGCCAUGCCCGGAACCAUGACUUCGGGCGGCCUGUCGACCAGCGUCACUCACGACGCGCGGUCCCGGCAACUCGAGGCGGCCGAGUACUCGUCGUCCUUCUUCGACGACUACGACGACGAGGGCCGGGAUUCCGAUGACUACGAGGGCGACGACACCGACGACGAUUUUGACGAGACCACGCUCUGGGAGAUUGCGAACCUGCUCAAGUCGGACGGCGUGCCUUCCAAGCUCAGCAUGUUCCCUCCGCCUCUGCCCAGCAAUGCCGUGGUCGACGACGAUAUCGACAUGCCCUCCGACGACGAGGCCGAAUGCUCAAAGCAGAAGAAGAAGCAUUCCAUCGUCAUCGGCCUCGCCGAGGAUCCAUCCGAGCAGCCUGGGCAAUCCGUGCUCUGGAACGCUCCGUCGGAGUCGCAGGAGGGCGCCGACCACGGAAAGGGCCUGCCCGAGCCAGACGGCAAGACGUGGGAAGCCUACGGCGGAAGCGCUGAAACCGCGCGGGCCAAGCCUCGACAGGCGGAGCCAGCCGCCAUCGAGAGCGAUAGCCUCUGGACUGCCGAGUCGGACAACAAGAGAGACUCGUCCUCUUCCCCCGAGCCGCUGUGGACCACCAAGGAUCAGGCGUCGAAGAUUCCCCGGCCCGCCAGCGAGAUCAAGCAGGCGAGGAAGGAGCGCAGGCAGCAGAACCGCGGCCUGUGGAAACCAUCCGCCACCUCGCACGCCGGCGACUCGCAAGGCAUGUUCAAGGUCGACCCGCACCGCUCCGAAUACCGCACCACGUCCGCGGACCCCGCCGCCGAACACAUGAUCCGUAAGCCGCGCGCCGGCGCCGGUGCCAGCCAGGCGCUGGACGUCCUCAGCUCCAGCGCCAUGUGGGCCAAGACGACCGGCCGCGACGCCCGCUUCCACCAGCUGAGCCACGGCCUGUGGAGCCACCCCUCUGCCGGGCCCGCGGCACCCGCUCGCGAGCCGGCCGCCGAGGGCGGCACAUCGCUGCUGUUCACCGUCGACCGCACGCGAUCCGACCACCGCACCACCACCAAGGAGCCCGCCGCCAAGGACAUGAAGCGCAAGCCCCGCCCCGCAGAGCACCACCUCGACGAGCCCCUGAGCCAGCUCGCGUCCGAGAGCCUCUGGGCGGCCGAGACGCUGCAGGCCGCCAACGCCGCCGCCGAGCGCAACUGGAUCGUCGCCGUGAAGCCGGAGCCGGCGACGGCCACGGUGCCCCUGCGCCGCCAGUACCGCCCGACAACGGUCGCCUACAGGGCCGACUGGGACGCCGCGCUGCAGGAGGCCAUCGAGGCCAGCUACCCGGGCACCACGAAGAGGAGGGCCGCCGCGACGCCGGAGGAGUGGGCCGCCGCGCUGGAGGAGGCCGUCGCGCUGGGGUCGCGCGGCGGGAAAGAGACCAACAACAACAACUCCGACAUGGCGCAGCAACAGCAACAGGAGGAGUACGACCCGAUGAUCCGCGCGCAGAUCGAGGCCCUCGAGCAGGAGAGGCUGUUUGCGCAGCAGGCGGCGAGCGAGGUGCUGGCGCGGCAGUCCCGGCUUCCCCAUCCUCCUCCCGCCUCGCCGACGGAGGAGGAGCAGCUCAUGUGGUCGCAGCAGCUGGAGCAGGCCGCCGCGGCGGCCGGAGCUAACGGCGCCAUGUGGAAGGCGCCGUCGGCGCCUGUGCCGACGCCGGUCGCGGCGGCGAAGGAGGAGGACGAGGAGAGGAUGCGCAGCGUGCGCAAGAAGGAGAGGAAGCGCGAGGAGAUCUUGGCGCGCAUCGCGGCCAUCGAGUCUGGGGCUCCCGACCCGGGGUUCGCGGACCAGGAGGGGUUGUGGAGUGGGAAGGAGGGGGAGGCGGGGGCGGGGAGUAGGAAGAGUCAGGGGGUUGUGUUGAGGUAUUGAGGGAGGCGGUUGUGAGCUCCAGGGGAUGGUUACUUGCUUGCAAGGCCUUGGGAGAUGUUCGUUCCCCGGGGAUGUAUAAAUCUUGGAAUACUCCUUGUACUUAAUGGACCAUGAGCCGUCCUUUCGUUUCGAACAUUGUCUGCCCCCUUUUUUUUCUUGUUUUGUUUUCCCCCGUUCUAUCGUUGCGCUUACUGAUAUAUUAAAAGUAUGUUUGAGAAUAAAUCGAGUGCUUACA